CCUGCUCCAAACGUGAGGGAGCCCGGAGUGGGGAGGGCCGUAUUGGAGUGUGAAGCUCCGUGCCCCUCUCUGAAGCGCGUUCCGGCUCCCGGAGCAGCCUAUUCAGGUCUGGGAGAGACGCUAACGAGAUAAUUGAUGUGCUUUUUCCUCUCCGCUUGCCUGAAUGUGUUACAGGGCUCCCAGUACGAGCUGAAAGAUAAUCCGGGUGUCCACCCUGCUACCUUCGCAGCCCACACCGCCCCCGGCUAUUAUCCCUACGGACAAUUCCAGUACGGGGACCCGGGUCGACCCAAAAAUGCCACCCGGGAGAGCACCAGCACCCUCAAGGCCUGGCUCAACGAACACCGCAAGAAUCCCUACCCCACCAAGGGUGAGAAGAUCAUGCUGGCCAUCAUCACCAAGAUGACCCUCACCCAGGUCUCCACCUGGUUCGCCAACGCCCGCCGCCGUCUCAAGAAGGAGAACAAGGUGACCUGGGGUUCCAGGAGUAAGGACCAAGAAGAUGCCAACCUUUUUGGCAGCGAUAACGAGGGGGACCCUGAGAAGACCGAAGACGAUGAGGAGAUUGACCUGGAGAGCAUAGACAUAGAUAAAAUUGAUGAAAACGAUGGGGAACAGAGCAAUGAGGAAGAGGAGGAGAAGCCUGAGCUCCUGAGACAAAGCAGUGAAGAGGAGCGCUUGGAAAAAGACAAGGAUUUGGCACUAUCAGGAUCUGAAGGACUGAAUCCCAAAGAUGCUUUGGCCAUGGUGAAGGAGGCCUCUGAUAACAGCACGCGGAUCAUCAGCCCCGGGGGACAGAGCAAUUUACAGAUGCCAUCUCACAGCAAACCCAAGAUCUGGUCUUUGGCAGAGACUGCGACAAGCCCCGAUGGUGCCCUGAAAUCCUCCCCCCCACCACCACCCCCUGCCCAGGUCACCCACACUUCGCCACAGAUCCAGCAUCCCGCUUUUCUCCCCAGCCAUGGACUCUACACGUGCCAGAUUGGCAAGUUUCACAACUGGACAAAUGGGGCUUUCCUCACACAGAGUUCCCUGCUAAAUGUGAGGUCGUUUUUGGGAGUAAAUCACCAUCAUGCCACUCACCACAAUCACCACCUCCAGGCCCAGCAGCAGCCUUCUGUUUUAACAGCCACCUUGGGAGCCCUAAGCGGUGAAAAGCCUUCAGAGAAGACCAGUCCCAAACACAUAGAAAAUGUCCCAAGAAACGAUUCCCCACCUCAGCCACUCAAAUCGCCCUUCCAGCCUGUCGGUGACAAGUGAGUUUGUUUGUUUGUUUUCACUGCAGGAAUGUUACUUAUGCGAAACAGAGCGUUUGAAUAAUAAAGACUAAUUAUAGCACCUAAUCAGUGCCAGAAUAAUACAUACAGAGAACAAGAGCAACAGAGAAGUUGCUGUAAUCUUUUCAAAGUUAGGCUAAAUUAUAAUUGUACAUUAACCAGCCUGUAACUUUUCUGGAACUUAACAGACCUCAAAAGAGCUUGUGUUAAUGACACUAACGACAAAGAUUUCUGUGCAGUUAACUAACAGUAGGAUGCUAUAGCAAUAGACAGGUAGUUA